AUGCCUAUAUGGGACGAAUGGCUCCAUAGGAAACAUGGUAAUAUGAGUUUCCACAUGACCCAAUUACUUACCGAACAUGGUGUAUUCUAUUCAUAUUUGAAUAGAAUACAAAGAGUAAAUAGCGACACAUGCCCACACUGUAGGAUGAACGUUCCAGAUACAGCGGAACAUACACUGAAAAUAUGUUCAGUGUGGGAGAGAGAAAGAGCAAUUAUGCUCGAGAAAAUAAAAAUGACUUCGGAUGCUCUCUCUCUAAAAAUGAUGACAGCAGUCAUGAUCAACUCUCGUCAGGAGUGGUCCACGGUAAUGACCUUUAUUGAGAAGAUUAUGCUUGAAAAAGAACAAUAUGAACAUCAAGUAGAAAGAAGAGAAGCUCAUGAGAACUCAGAUCUCACCGAGAUAGAUAGCGAAUACUCGAAUUAG